AUGAAUUAAUAAAUAAAUAAAUAAAAAAAGCAAAAGCCUAAAAUAAAAAAUGAAUUUAAUUAAUAAAAAAAAAACACUAACACAAUAAAAAAAAUAAAUCAAAUUAAAAACUAAUAAAUAAAUUAAAAGAAUUAAUAGAAUUUAUUUUUAUAUUAAAAAAUAUAUAAAUUCAAAUCAAAUAAACUGUUUUUAAAUAAGACUAAGUGCCAAAUUUUAGAGUUUAGUGCAACUUGCUAAAGCAGAACCUAAACCUCUGAUGCACCUAUUGCUUCAAUUUAUUAAUAAUAAAAAAUUAAUAAUUAUGAAAAUACCUAAAAAUAAAUACAAAAAAUAUAUAAAUAUAAUAAAAAUUAAUUUAUUUUAAGAUGUAUUUUGAGUGUAUUUAAAUGUGCAAGUAUUUCUAUUCUAUUCAAUGCUCUAAUUUAAUUGCUACUUUUUAAAUAUUGA